AUGUCGCACAUCGCGGUGGAGCGCAACCGGCGGCGGCAGAUGAACGACCACCUCAAGGUGCUCCGCUCGCUGACGCCGGCGCUCUACAUCAAGCGUGGCGACCAGGCCUCCGUCAUCGGCGGCGCCAUCGACUUCAUCCGGGAGCUGCAGCAGGUGCUCGAGUCCCUCGAGGCCCGCAAGAAGCGCCGCAGCAGCGCCAGCGGCGGCUUCAGCCCCAGCCCCACGCCCAGCCCGCGCUCCCACCUCGCCCUCUCCUCCUCCUCCGGCGGCCGCGGCGCCGCCACCAGCAGCGCCGGGAGCAGCACCCCGUCCCCGCCCGUACUGGUGGUCGGCAACAAGCACCAGCAGGCCCUGGCGGUGAAGGAGCUCGCCGCCUGCUGCAACUCCCCCGUGGCCGACGUGGAGGCCAGGAUCUCCGGCGCCAACGUCCUGCUGCGCACGCUCUCCCGCCGCGCCCCCGGCCAGGCCGCCAGGAUGGUCGCCCUGCUCGAGGCGCUCCACCUGGAGGUGCUCCACCUCAACAUCAGCACCAUGGAGGACACCGUCCUCCACUCCUUCGUCCUCAAGAUCGGGCUCGAGUGCCAGCUCAGCGUCGAGGAUCUCGCCUACGAGGUGCAGCAGACCUUCGUCUGCUUCCGGGAGCAAGAAGAGCAGCAGGGCCACCAGCUGCAGGAGAAUCUCAUGUACUCAGCCAUGGCCAUAUAA